AACAAAGCAAUAGAGACAAUAAAGGCUUCGAUUCAUCCAUCCCUCUAACCUCUCUCUUCCGCUUCCCUUUUCCCCCAAUAAUUGAUUGAUAUUUAUUCAAUCAAUUAUCUCUGUUCCCCUCUGCGUCUCCCCGAUCACAUUCUGCGGCAUCUUCCCCUCUUCUCCCAUUUCUCUCUCUGUUUUCUCUCGAUCCUCCGCCUCCUUCUUUCGAGAGACCGGAUUUGGAUUCGGAUUCGGGAUGAGGGAAAUCAUCAGCCUUCACAUUGGUCAAGCUGGAAUUCAGGUCGGCAAUUCUUGCUGGGAGCUUUACUGUCUCGAACAUGGCAUCCAGCCUGAUGGGUUGAUGCCCAGUGACACCUCCGUAGGUGUUGCACAUGAUGCCUUCAACACGUUUUUCAGCGAGACUGGUUCAGGCAAGCAUGUUCCAAGAGCUAUAUUUGUGGAUCUUGAACCAACUGUUAUCGAUGAAGUAAGGACUGGGACAUACCGACAGCUUUUCCAUCCGGAACAGCUCAUAUCUGGUAAAGAAGAUGCUGCCAAUAAUUUUGCUAGAGGACAUUAUACUGUGGGUAGGGAAAUAGUUGAUAUAUGCCUCGACCGAGUGCGAAAGCUAGCCGACAAUUGCACUGGUUUGCAGGGGUUCUUAGUGUUUAAUGCUGUUGGUGGUGGCACUGGAUCUGGGUUGGGGUCGUUACUUUUGGAACGCUUGUCUGUGGAUUAUGGAAAGAAGUCAAAGCUUGGAUUCUCCAUAUAUCCUUCUCCACAGGUAUCUACUGCAGUGGUAGAACCCUACAACAGUGUGCUUUCAACUCAUUCUCUACUAGAACAUACCGAUGUCGCUGUGCUUCUGGACAACGAAGCCAUUUACGAUAUCUGUAGGAAAUCAUUGGAUAUUGAAAGACCAACUUACACCAACCUGAACCGCUUGAUAUCUCAAGUUAUCUCUUCUUUAACCACUUCCUUGAGGUUUGAUGGUGCUAUCAACGUGGAUAUAACUGAGUUUCAAACUAACCUUGUACCUUAUCCGCGUAUACAUUUCAUGCUCUCUUCUUAUGCUCCUGUGAUCUCGUCUGCGAAAGCAUACCAUGAACAGCUAUCUGUCCCCGAAAUCACUAAUGCUGUAUUUGAUCCCUCGAGCAUGAUGGUCAAAUGUGACCCACGACAUGGAAAGUACAUGGCAUGCUGUUUGAUGUAUAGAGGAGAUGUUGUGCCCAAGGAUGUGAAUGCUGCUGUUGCUACCAUCAAAACCAAGCGAACGGUUCAAUUUGUGGACUGGUGUCCUACUGGCUUCAAAUGUGGUAUCAACUAUCAACCCCCAAGUGUUGUUCCUGGGGGCGAUCUCGCCAAGGUGCAGCGAGCUGUCUGUAUGAUAAGCAACAGCACAGCAGUGGCCGAAGUCUUUUCAAGAAUCGACCACAAAUUUGAUCUGAUGUAUGCUAAGCGAGCAUUCGUGCAUUGGUACGUGGGUGAGGGCAUGGAGGAAGGUGAGUUCUCUGAAGCCCGUGAGGAUCUUGCUGCUCUAGAAAAGGACUACGAGGAAGUCGGGGCAGAAGAUGUCGAUGAAGAGGAGGAAGGGGAAGAUUACUAAUACCCGUGUAUCUUUAUUCGUCGUUUUUGUGUCCGUUUCGUAUUGAGUCAAGUUGUGCAGUUGUGAUUGUUAAGGUGUGGUUUUUGUGUUUUGUAUGAUUCUGGAUGUGUCAUUCUAUUGAUUUCUCUGAAUUCAGUGUUUAGAACUACUUGCAAUUCUUAUCCUGAGGAGCUGAGGUUUCUGUAAAGAUUCCAACCCUAUGCUUGGAAUGAAUUCAAAUUCUCCCAACAAA